AUGAACAGGCCCCUUGAUAAUAUCCAGCACAAACCAGAAAAAUUCGAUGCAACAACAGAGAGUCGUGCUAUGUUUGCUUCCACUAGUGGACAAAGAACACAACAAAUUCGCCCGAGAGAUCAGAUGAAUUGGCCGACAGGAAAUGAAGCUCAUAGAACAGUAAAUAGGUCAGUUUAUCAAGGUGGUACUGGAGAAAGAUAUGCUGCAGCAAGACCCAAAGAUGGAAUUGAUCGUCCAACUGAUUCUCUUGAUUCUCAAACUAUCAAUCGUUCGACAUAUCAAGGUGGUACUGGAGAAAGAUAUGCUGCAGCAAGACCCAAAGAUGGAAUUGAUCGUCCAACAGAUUCUCUUGAUUCUCAAACUAUCAAUCGUUCGACAUAUCAAGGUGGUACUGGAGAAAGAUAUGCUGCAGCAAGACCCAAAGAUGGAAUUGAUCGUCCAACUGAUUCUCUUGAUUCUCAAACUAUCAAUCGUUCGACAUAUCAGGGAGGUACUGGAGAAAGAUAUGCUGCAGCAAGACCCAAAGAUGGAAUUGAUCGUCCAACUGAUUCUCUUGAUUCUCAAACUAUCAAUCGUUCGACAUAUCAGGGAAGUACUGGAGAAAGAUAUGCUGCAGCAAGACCCAAAGAUGGAAUUGAUCGUCCAACAGAUUCUCUUGAUUCUCAAACUAUCAAUCGUUCGACAUAUCAGGGAAGUACUGGAGAAAGAUAUGCUGCAGCAAGACCCAAAGAUGGAAUUGAUCGUCCAACAGAUUCUCUUGAUUCUCAAACUAUCAAUCGUUCGACAUAUCAGGGAAGUACUGGAGAAAGAUAUGCUGCAGCAAGACCCAAAGAUGGAAUUGAUCGUCCAACUGAUUCUCUUGAUUCUCAAACUAUCAAUCGUUCGACAUAUCAGGGAGGUACUGGAGAAAGAUAUGCUGCAGCAAGACCCAGAGAUGGAAUUGAUCGUCCAACAGAUUCUCUUGAUUCCCAAACUAUCAAUCGUUCGACAUAUCAGGGAGGUACUGGAGAAAGAUAUGCUGCAGCAAGACCCAAAGAUGGAAUUGAUCGUCCAACUGAUUCUCUUGAUUCUCAAACUAUCAAUCGUUCGACAUAUCAGGGAGGUACUGGAGAAAGAUAUGCUGCAGCAAGACCCAAAGAUGGAAUUGAUCGUCCAACAGAUUCUCUUGAUUCCCAAACUAUCAAUCGUUCGACAUAUCAAGGUGGUACUGGAGAAAGAUAUGCUGCAGCAAGACCCAAAGAUGGAAUUGAUCGUCCAACUGAUUCUCUUGAUUCUCAAACUAUCAAUCGUUCGACAUAUCAAGGUGGUACUGGAGAAAGAUAUGCUGCAGCAAGACCCAAAGAUGGAAUUGAUCGUCCAACUGAUUCUCUUGAUUCUCAAACUAUCAAUCGUUCGACAUAUCAGGGAGGUACUGGAGAAAGAUAUGCUGCAGCAAGACCCACAGAUGGAAUUGAUCGUCCAACAGAUUCUCUUGAUUCCCAAACUAUCAAUCGUUCGACAUAUCAGGGAGGUACUGGAGAAAGAUAUGCUGCAGCAAGACCCAAAGAUGGAAUUGAUCGUCCAACAGAUUCUCUUGAUUCCCAAACUAUCAAUCGUUCGACAUAUCAAGGUGGUACUGGAGAAAGAUAUGCUGCAGCAAGACCCAAAGAUGGAAUUGAUCGUCCAACUGAUUCUCUUGAUUCUCAAACUAUCAAUCGUUCGACAUAUCAAGGUGGUACUGGAGAAAGAUAUGCUGCAGCAAGACCCAAAGAUGGAAUUGAUCGUCCAACUGAUUCUCUUGAUUCUCAAACUAUCAAUCGUUCGACAUAUCAAGGUGGUACUGGAGAAAGAUAUGCUGCAGCAAGACCCAAAGAUGGAAUUGAUCGUCCAACAGAUUCUCUUGAUUCUCAAACUAUCAAUCGUUCGACAUAUCAAGGUGGUACUGGAGAAAGAUAUGCUGCAGCAAGACCCAAAGAUGGAAUUGAUCGUCCAACAGAUUCUCUUGAUUCUCAAACUAUCAAUCGUUCGACAUAUCAAGGUGGUACUGGAGAAAGAUAUGCUGCAGCAAGACCCAAAGAUGGAAUUGAUCGUCCAACUGAUUCUCUUGAUUCUCAAACUAUCAAUCGUUCGACAUAUCAGGGAAGUACUGGAGAAAGAUAUGCUGCAGCAAGACCCAAAGAUGGAAUUGAUCGUCCAACUGAUUCUCUUGAUUCCCAAACUAUCAAUCGUUCGACAUAUCAAGGUGGUACUGGAGAAAGAUAUGCUGCAGCAAGACCCAAAGAUGGAAUUGAUCGUCCAACUGAUUCUCUUGAUUCUCAAACUAUCAAUCGUUCGACAUAUCAGGGAAGUACUGGAGAAAGAUAUGCUGCAGCAAGACCCAAAGAUGGAAUUGAUCGUCCAACAGAUUCUCUUGAUUCUCAAACUAUCAAUCGUUCGACAUAUCAGGGAAGUACUGGAGAAAGAUAUGCUGCAGCAAGACCCAAAGAUGGAAUUGAUCGUCCAACAGAUUCUCUUGAUUCUCAAACUAUCAAUCGUUCGACAUAUCAAGGUGGUACUGGAGAAAGAUAUGCUGCAGCAAGACCCAAAUUGCAAUUGCUGGCGACAGGUUCGCGUGGCUCGCAAACUAUCAUUCGUUCGACAUAUCAAGGUGGAGCUGCAGAGAUAUAUGCUGCAGCAAAGGCGCCAGAUGGAAUAGCUGGCGCAAGAGGUUUGCGUGACUCGCAAACUAUCAAUCGUUCGACAUAUCAAGGUGGUACUGGAGAAAGAUAUGCUGCAGCAAGACCCAAAGAUGGAAUUGAUCGUCCAACUGAUUCUCUUGAUUCUCAAACUAUCAAUCGUUCGACAUAUCAGGGAGGUACUGGAGAAAGAUAUGCUGCAGCAAGACCCACAGAUGGAAUUGAUCGUCCAACAGAUUCUCUUGAUUCCCAAACUAUCAAUCGUUCGACAUAUCAGGGAAGUACUGGAGAAAGAUAUGCUGCAGCAAGACCCAAAGAUGGAAUUGAUCGUCCAACAGAUUCUCUUGAUUCUCAAACUAUCAAUCGUUCGACAUAUCAAGGUGGUACUGGAGAAAGAUAUGCUGCAGCAAGACCCAAAGAUGGAAUUGAUCGUCCAACAGAUUCUCUUGAUUCUCAAACUAUCAAUCGUUCGACAUAUCAGGGAAGUACUGGAGAAAGAUAUGCUGCAGCAAGACCCAAAGAUGGAAUUGAUCGUCCAACAGAUUCUCUUGAUUCUCAAACUAUCAAUCGUUCGACAUAUCAGGGAAGUACUGGAGAAAGAUAUGCUGCAGCAAGACCCAAAGAUGGAAUUGAUCGUCCAACAGAUUCUCUUGAUUCCCAAACUAUCAAUCGUUCGACAUAUCAAGGUGGUACUGGAGAAAGAUAUGCUGCAGCAAGACCCAAAGAUGGAAUUGAUCGUCCAACAGAUUCUCUUGAUUCUCAAACUAUCAAUCGUUCGACAUAUCAGGGAAGUACUGGAGAAAGAUAUGCUGCAGCAAGACCCAAAGAUGGAAUUGAUCGUCCAACAGAUUCUCUUGAUUCUCAAACUAUCAAUCGUUCGACAUAUCAGGGAGGUACUGGAGAAAGAUAUGCUGCAGCAAGACCCAAAGAUGGAAUUGAUCGUCCAACUGAUUCUCUUGAUUCUCAAACUAUCAAUCGUUCGACAUAUCAGGGAGGUACUGGAGAAAGAUAUGCUGCAGCAAGACCCAGAGAUGGAAUUGAUCGUCCAACAGAUUCUCUUGAUUCUCAAACUAUCAAUCGUUCGACAUAUCAGGGAGGUACUGGAGAAAGAUAUGCUGCAGCAAGACCCAAAGAUGGAAUUGAUCGUCCAACUGAUUCUCUUGAUUCUCAAACUAUCAAUCGUUCGACAUAUCAGGGAGGUACUGGAGAAAGAUAUGCUGCAGCAAGACCCAAAGAUGGAAUUGAUCGUCCAACAGAUUCUCUUGAUUCCCAAACUAUCAAUCGUUCGACAUAUCAAGGUGGUACUGGAGAAAGAUAUGCUGCAGCAAGACCCAAAGAUGGAAUUGAUCGUCCAACAGAUUCUCUUGAUUCUCAAACUAUCAAUCGUUCGACAUAUCAAGGUGGUACUGGAGAAAGAUAUGCUGCAGCAAGACCCAAAGAUGGAAUUGAUCGUCCAACAGAUUCUCUUGAUUCUCAAACUAUCAAUCGUUCGACAUAUCAGGGAGGUACUGGAGAAAGAUAUGCUGCAGCAAGACCCAAAGAUGGAAUUGAUCGUCCAACAGAUUCUCUUGAUUCCCAAACUAUCAAUCGUUCGACAUAUCAGGGAAGUACUGGAGAAAGAUAUGCUGCAGCAAGACCCAAAGAUGGAAUUGAUCGUCCAACUGAUUCUCUUGAUUCUCAAACUAUCAAUCGUUCGACAUAUCAGGGAAGUACUGGAGAAAGAUAUGCUGCAGCAAGACCCAAAGAUGGAAUUGAUCGUCCAACUGAUUCUCUUGAUUCCCAAACUAUCAAUCGUUCGACAUAUCAAGGUGGUACUGGAGAAAGAUAUGCUGCAGCAAGACCCAAAGAUGGAAUUGAUCGUCCAACUGAUUCUCUUGAUUCUCAAACUAUCAAUCGUUCGACAUAUCAAGGUGGUACUGGAGAAAGAUAUGCUGCAGCAAGACCCAAAGAUGGAAUUGAUCGUCCAACUGAUUCUCUUGAUUCUCAAACUAUCAAUCGUUCGACAUAUCAAGGUGGUACUGGAGAAAGAUAUGCUGCAGCAAGACCUAAAGAUGGAAUUGAUCGUCCAACUGAUUCUCUUGAUUCCCAAACUAUCAAUCGUUCGACAUAUCAGGGAAGUACUGGAGAAAGAUAUGCUGCAGCAAGACCCAAAGAUGGAAUUGAUCGUCCAACAGAUUCUCUUGAUUCUCAAACUAUCAAUCGUUCGACAUAUCAAGGAGGUACUGGAGAAAGAUAUGCUGCAGCAAGACCCACAGAUGGAAUUGAUCGUCCAACAGAUUCUCUGAUUCCCAAACUAUCAAUCGUUGACAUAUCAGGUGGUACUGGAGAAAGAUAUGCUGCAGCAAGACCCAAAGAUGGAAUUGAUCGUCCAACUGAUUCUCUUGAUUCUCAAACUAUCAAUCGUUCGACAUAUCAAGGUGGUACUGGAGAAAGAUAUGCUGCAGCAAGACCCAAAGAUGGAAUUGAUCGUCCAACUGAUUCUCUUGAUUCUCAAACUAUCAAUCGUUCGACAUAUCAAGGUGGUACUGGAGAAAGAUAUGCUGCAGCAAGACCCAAAGAUGGAAUUGAUCGUCCAACUGAUUCUCUUGAUUCUCAAACUAUCAAUCGUUCGACAUAUCAAGGUGGUACUGGAGAAAGAUAUGCUGCAGCAAGACCCAAAGAUGGAAUUGAUCGUCCAACAGAUUCUCUUGAUUCCCAAACUAUCAAUCGUUCGACAUAUCAAGGUGGUACUGGAGAAAGAUAUGCUGCAGCAAGACCCAAAGAUGGAAUUGAUCGUCCAACAGAUUCUCUUGAUUCUCAAACUAUCAAUCGUUCGACAUAUCAGGGAGGUACUGGAGAAAGAUAUGCUGCAGCAAGACCCAAAGAUGGAAUUGAUCGUCCAACAGAUUCUCUUGAUUCUCAAACUAUCAAUCGUUCGACAUAUCAGGGAGGUACUGGAGAAAGAUAUGCUGCAGCAAGACCCAAAGAUGGAAUUGAUCGUCCAACAGAUUCUCUUGAUUCCCAAACUAUCAAUCGUUCGACAUAUCAAGGUGGUACUGGAGAAAGAUAUGCUGCAGCAAGACCCAAAGAUGGAAUUGAUCGUCCAACAGAUUCUCUUGAUUCUCCAACUAUCAAUCGUUCGACAUAUCAAGGUGGUACUGGAGAAAGAUAUGCUGCAGCAAGACCCAAAGAUAGAAUUGAUCGUCCAACUGAUUCUCUUGAUUCUCAAACUAUCAAUCGUUCGACAUAUCAGGGAGGUACUGGAGAAAGAUAUGCUGCAGCAAGACCCAAAGAUGGAAUUGAUCGUCCAACAGAUUCUCUUGAUUCUCAAACUAUCAAUCGUUCGACAUAUCAAGGUGGUACUGGAGAAAGAUAUGCUGCAGCAAGACCCAAAGAUGGAAUUGAUCGUCCAACAGAUUCUCUUGAUUCUCAAACUAUCAAUCGUUCGACAUAUCAAGGUGGUACUGGAGAAAGAUAUGCUGCAGCAAGACCCAAAGAUGGAAUUGAUCGUCCAACAGAUUCUCUUGAUUCUCAAACUAUCAAUCGUUCGACAUAUCAAGGUGGUACUGGAGAAAGAUAUGCUGCAGCAAGACCCAAAGAUGGAAUUGAUCGUCCAACAGAUUCUCUUGAUUCCCAAACUAUCAAUCGUUCGACAUAUCAAGGUGGUACUGGAGAAAGAUAUGCUGCAGCAAGACCCAAAGAUGGAAUUGAUCGUCCAACAGAUUCUCUUGAUUCCCAAACUAUCAAUCGUUCGACAUAUCAAGGUGGUACUGGAGAAAGAUAUGCUGCAGCAAGACCCAAAGAUGGAAUUGAUCGUCCAACAGAUUCUCUUGAUUCUCAAACUAUCAAUCGUUCGACAUAUCAAGGUGGUACUGGAGAAAGAUAUGCUGCAGCAAGACCCAAAGAUGGAAUUGAUCGUCCAACAGAUUCUCUUGAUUCUCAAACUAUCAAUCGUUCGACAUAUCAGGGAGGUACUGGAGAAAGAUAUGCUGCAGCAAGACCCACAGAUGGAAUUGAUCGUCCAACAGAUUCUCUUGAUUCCCAAACUAUCAAUCGUUCGACAUAUCAGGGAGGUACUGGAGAAAGAUAUGCUGCAGCAAGACCCAAAGAUGGAAUUGAUCGUCCAACAGAUUCUCUUGAUUCUCAAACUAUCAAUCGUUCGACAUAUCAGGGAGGUACUGGAGAAAGAUAUGCUGCAGCAAGACCCAAAGAUGGAAUUGAUCGUCCAACAGAUUCUCUUGAUUCUCAAACUAUCAAUCGUUCGACAUAUCAAGGUGGUACUGGAGAAAGAUAUGCUGCAGCAAGACCCAAAGAUGGAAUUGAUCGUCCAACUGAUUCUCUUGAUUCUCAAACUAUCAAUCGUUCGACAUAUCAAGGUGGUACUGGAGAAAGAUAUGCUGCAGCAAGACCCAAAGAUGGAAUUGAUCGUCCAACUGAUUCUCUUGAUUCUCAAACUAUCAAUCGUUCGACAUAUCAAGGUGGUACUGGAGAAAGAUAUGCUGCAGCAAGACCCAAAGAUGGAAUUGAUCGUCCAACUGAUUCUCUUGAUUCUCAAACUAUCAAUCGUUCGACAUAUCAAGGUGGUACUGGAGAAAGAUAUGCUGCAGCAAGACCCAAAGAUGGAAUUGAUCGUCCAACAGAUUCUCUUGAUUCUCAAACUAUCAAUCGUUCGACAUAUCAAGGUGGUACUGGAGAAAGAUAUGCUGCAGCAAGACCCAAAGAUGGAAUUGAUCGUCCAACAGAUUCUCUUGAUUCUCAAACUAUCAAUCGUUCGACAUAUCAAGGUGGUACUGGAGAAAGAUAUGCUGCAGCAAGACCCAAAGAUGGAAUUGAUCGUCCAACUGAUUCUCUUGAUUCUCAAACUAUCAAUCGUUCGACAUAUCAAGGUGGUACUGGAGAAAGAUAUGCUGCAGCAAGACCCAAAGAUGGAAUUGAUCGUCCAACUGAUUCUCUUGAUUCUCAAACUAUCAAUCGUUCGACAUAUCAAGGUGGUACUGGAGAAAGAUAUGCUGCAGCAAGACCCAAAGAUGGAAUUGAUCGUCCAACAGAUUCUCUUGAUUCUCAAACUAUCAAUCGUUCGACAUAUCAGGGAGGUACUGGAGAAAGAUAUGCUGCAGCAAGACCCAAAGAUGGAAUUGAUCGUCCAACAGAUUCUCUUGAUUCUCAAACUAUCAAUCGUUCGACAUAUCAGGGAGGUACUGGAGAAAGAUAUGCUGCAGCAAGACCCAAAGAUGGAAUUGAUCGUCCAACAGAUUCUCUUGAUUCUCAAACUAUCAAUCGUUCGACAUAUCAAGGUGGUACUGGAGAAAGAUAUGCUGCAGCAAGACCCAAAGAUGGAAUUGAUCGUCCAACUGAUUCUCUUGAUUCUCAAACUAUCAAUCGUUCGACAUAUCAAGGUGGUACUGGAGAAAGAUAUGCUGCAGCAAGACCCAAAGAUGGAAUUGAUCGUCCAACUGAUUCUCUUGAUUCUCAAACUAUCAAUCGUUCGACAUAUCAGGGAAGUACUGGAGAAAGAUAUGCUGCAGCAAGACCCAAAGAUGGAAUUGAUCGUCCAACUGAUUCUCUUGAUUCUCAAACUAUCAAUCGUUCGACAUAUCAGGGAAGUACUGGAGAAAGAUAUGCUGCAGCAAGACCCAAAGAUGGAAUUGAUCGUCCAACUGAUUCUCUUGAUUCUCAAACUAUCAAUCGUUCGACAUAUCAAGGUGGUACUGGAGAAAGAUAUGCUGCAGCAAGACCCAAAGAUGGAAUUGAUCGUCCAACAGAUUCUCUUGAUUCCCAAACUAUCAAUCGUUCGACAUAUCAAGGUGGUACUGGAGAAAGAUAUGCUGCAGCAAGACCCAAAGAUGGAAUUGAUCGUCCAACAGAUUCUCUUGAUUCUCAAACUAUCAAUCGUUCGACAUAUCAAGGUGGUACUGGAGAAAGAUAUGCUGCAGCAAGACCCAAAGAUGGAAUUGAUCGUCCAACAGAUUCUCUUGAUUCUCAAACUAUCAAUCGUUCGACAUAUCAAGGUGGUACUGGAGAAAGAUAUGCUGCAGCAAGACCCAAAGAUGGAAUUGAUCGUCCAACAGAUUCUCUUGAUUCUCAAACUAUCAAUCGUUCGACAUAUCAAGGUGGUACUGGAGAAAGAUAUGCUGCAGCAAGACCCAAAGAUGGAAUUGAUCGUCCAACAGAUUCUCUUGAUUCUCAAACUAUCAAUCGUUCGACAUAUCAAGGUGGUACUGGAGAAAGAUAUGCUGCAGCAAGACCCAAAGAUGGAAUUGAUCGUCCAACAGAUUCUCUUGAUUCUCAAACUAUCAAUCGUUCGACAUAUCAAGGUGGUACUGGAGAAAGAUAUGCUGCAGCAAGACCCAAAGAUGGAAUUGAUCGUCCAACAGAUUCUCUUGAUUCUCAAACUAUCAAUCGUUCGACAUAUCAAGGUGGUACUGGAGAAAGAUAUGCUGCAGCAAGACCCAAAGAUGGAAUUGAUCGUCCAACUGAUUCUCUUGAUUCUCAAACUAUCAAUCGUUCGACAUAUCAGGGAGGUACUGGAGAAAGAUAUGCUGCAGCAAGACCCAAAGAUGGAAUUGAUCGUCCAACUGAUUCUCUUGAUUCUCAAACUAUCAAUCGUUCGACAUAUCAGGGAGGUACUGGAGAAAGAUAUGCUGCAGCAAGACCCAAAGAUGGAAUUGAUCGUCCAACUGAUUCUCUUGAUUCUCAAACUAUCAAUCGUUCGACAUAUCAGGGAGGUACUGGAGAAAGAUAUGCUGCAGCAAGACCCAAAGAUGGAAUUGAUCGUCCAACUGAUUCUCUUGAUUCUCAAACUAUCAAUCGUUCGACAUAUCAGGGAGGUACUGGAGAAAGAUAUGCUGCAGCAAGACCCAAAGAUGGAAUUGAUCGUCCAACUGAUUCUCUUGAUUCUCAAACUAUCAAUCGUUCGACAUAUCAAGGUGGUACUGGAGAAAGAUAUGCUGCAGCAAGACCCAAAGAUGGAAUUGAUCGUCCAACUGAUUCUCUUGAUUCCCAAACUAUCAAUCGUUCGACAUAUCAAGGUGGAGUUGGUGAUAGGUCAAAUAUAAUCAAGCAUGGGACGACUCUUGAAUUCGGAUCAGGGAAAGUGACAGAUCAAUCCGUAUCAAGAUUGACAUACACCCAAUUUCCCAUCGAACGAAUGUCAUUGUCAGUUCCAGUGGAAAAGUGGAUCACUGCAGGAAUGUCGUUUCCAACGGAGUACCUGACUGAACAAAAAAGCUCAUUCCGUCCGAAACCGGCCAACUCAGAGUGCCCAGCUGUUCGUAUAGUGAGCUCAAAGAAAAGAGCACCAAAUCAGCACAUGUACUUGUAUUAG